CUGGUUCAUAGCUCUCUGCCCUAAAACUUUCAUAGCCAAUAGGAUGCAAGAUGGGUUUUGUCUUCAUCUAUGGCAGACGACCUAACACCAAACUGUGAUCACGAGGAUAAGGCGUUUCUGUCAUUGGAGCUGAGGAAGAACGAGCAACUUCACACGCACAUCUGAUGGAAGAGCACGCGUUGGAGAUGUUCGAAGUUGGGCCAUGCGAGACUCCUCAUCAAAUGGGCUUCUUGAUCGGCCGGAGGUUCUCGCGCUUGAUACAGAGCAGGUUGUCUAGGGACCUCAUCCUUCGAAACCAGCUCCUGCCGUGGGCAAGAGCUCCGGAAUCACGGCCUCUCCUCGAAGCUCUCUGCGAACAUAACCAGACCAAGUUCCCUCGCUACUGGGACGAGCUCGUUGGGACGGCCGAAGGGGCUGACGUGCCGGUUCUUGACAUUGUGUUGAUAAACUUCAGGAAGGAAAUCCUACCCUUCAUCCCGGACAAGGAAACAAAAUCAGACUUGCCCGAGAAAGCCAUUGAGUGUUCCGACGUAUUGGUCGUCGGCGAGUCGAUGGCCGUCGCCGCACACAACGAGGAUGCCAAUGUCGCUCUAGUUGGCCACACCUACUUAAUCAAGGGUACUCUGUCGAGCGGAUUGUGCUUCAUUUCGUACACGUAUGCAGGAGAGCUCCCGAGCUGCGCAUUCGGAUUCAACAACAACGGAAUGGGAUUUACACUCAAUGCGGUACCUCCCUCUAAAGAAGAGAUUGUAGCAAGUGGGAUUGGAAGGAACUUCAUCUCCAGAGAUCUACUAGAGGCAACGAGCAUGACCGAUGCGACCAGUAAAAUCCGCUCAGCAGAGGCAUCAGUAGGACACAGUUACAAUCUAAUCGAUCUGAAGGCACGAAGAAUUUGCAACCUAGAGACCGCAUCAAGGACCCGGGUUUCAGUUAAUGAAGUGGAUGAUACGCCGUUCUUCCAUGCCAACAUGUAUCUGCAUCUUCAAGUUAAGCAGGUAGAAGAUGAGAACUCAAAAAGCAGGCAAAAGAGAGCGGCUGUGUUACCAAAGAAAUCUAAACAGGACUUCCUCUCACUCCUUGGAGAUACAGAUGAUGCCAAAUAUCCCAUCUACAUGUCAGGUCCAACGCUGUACACGCUAUGCACGGCUCUGGUCGAUCUGGAUGAGCAGACACUGAGCAUCAUUAAAGGGAAUCCGAAGAAAGGAGAAGUUUCUCACACCUUCUCUCUGUCCUCACCAGAUCUCAAGAAGCUGUGAUGAAGCCUCCAUGCAGCUCAUUCUGCCUUGAUGAAGUGAAAAAGACUAAUGCAGUUUCCAAGGGUCUCAUCCAGGUUUCUGUACACCCAUUGGGUGGCCCUCUCCUGCCAUUUUGUACUGGAACUUGACUUAGGUAUGUUUGUCCGCUAAGCGGCCGCAUUCUAUACUGAAGGUCUGGUGUCAGAUGAAGAAGUCUUAACUCCUCAUAGUGGGUCGAUCACUAAAUUCACGUCUCGUAACAAUGAAGAACUUAAAAAUUACACUAUGCAA